UUUUAACAGCGUACACAUGUAUAAUAUAUAUAGACAUCUUAAACUACCAAGGAAAUGCAUGUAUAGAUUACUCUGGACAAACUGGCCAGUGUUAUUAAUAGCUAGUGUCAUGGUGCAAAGAUAUACUAUAAUUAUAUAUAAAAGGUUCUGUGAAGAGUUUCUAUAUCACUUCUACUCUUAGACUAUACUGCUGUAUCGAUUUGUGCGCUGUGUUCACUGUACUGACAUAAUAUUAUGUUUUUGUGGUCUAUGUAAACCCUGGAAUAUAAAAGUGCAGUUUUAUACAAUAACACUUUCACGGGAGUAUGCACAGCUGGCUGUUUGUGGUCUUGUCAAUAGCUACUGUCUCCAGUGGCAACCGAUAUCACAUUGUACCGGUGAAUACUAUCGACUUGUGUCAGCGCCAUCAAAAUGGAACUUGUUCCACUCUUGAGCAGCUUGUUCAAACAGACCUGUUAUCAGGUGGAGACAACCUCACCUUGAACUUUCUACCUGGAGAUCACGUGUUAAAUGAAUUGCUUUUCGUUGGUAAUUUCAAGACGGUGCUUAUUGCAGGCCAAAAUUCUACUAUAAAAUUUAACAAAACUGGUAGUAUGCAUCUAUCCAGCAUCAAGAAAUUAUUGAGUAUCAAAGGUUUGCAUUUCACUGGAGAAAGUGGUGAAACUAUUUUAAACAUGUACAGUUUUGGAAAAGUAUUAAUUACUGAAUGUUUCUCGGUAUACUUAAAAUUGCUGAAGUUGGAAAGUUGCACACUCCUGAUCACUGGUACGGUAACUGUGAUGAUCGAACAAGUUCUCUUUGUGAGCAACACUGGCACUAACAGAGCAUUGCAUGUUGAAGCUGAUAAUGUGUACAUUGAAAAGAGCAACUUCUUCAGUAAUGAUGGUGGUGCAGUUCACAUUAAAUCAACUCAAUCCGUUAUUAACGAUUCAAGGUUCAAUUCCAAUUCUGCUGCAUAUGGUGGAGCAGUGGACAUGGUCUCUAAAAAUGUGACUAUCAGUUUUUGCGAUUUUAUAAAUAAUAGCGCUUCUAUAGCUGGUGGAGCAAUUAAUUAUGCCGACGUAGGCAGUGUGUCUAUACACAACUGUGAGCUAACAAACAACAGUGCUGAAAUUGGCGGAGCAAUUUAUGCUGACGGAGGUAGUGUAUCUGUUUACAAAUGUGAGAUACUAAACAACAGUGCUGACUUUAUUGGUGGAGCAAUUUACACUGACACAAACAUUUACAACUGUGAGCUACCUAACAACAGUGCUAAAUAUGGUGGAGCAAUUUACGCCUUCAAUAGUAGUGUGUCUAUUUACAACUGUGAGCUAAUAACAAACAACAGUGCUGAUCUUGGUGGAGCAAUUUAUGCCGACACAAGUAGUCUGUCCAUUUACAACUGUAAGCUAUUUAACAACAUUGCUAACAGUGGGGGUGGAGCAAUUUACGCGGACACUAGUAGUGUGUCUAUUUACAACUGCGAGCUACUUAACAACAGUGCUCAGUUUGGUGGUGGAGGAGCAAUUAACGCCGUCACAGGUAGUGUGUCUAUUUACAAUUGUGAGCUGUUUAACAACAGUGCUGGUAUUGGUGGAGCAAUUUACGCCAACGUAGGUAGUGUUUCCAUUUACAACAGUGAGCUAACAAACCACAGUGCUUAUGUUGGUGGAGCAGUGAACGUGGCUACUGUACACAUGACUAUCAGUUUUUGCAAAUUUACUGAUAAUAGCGCUUUUGAACUUGGUGGAGCAAUUUAUGCCAACGAAGGCAGUAUGUCUAUUUACAACUGUGAGCUAACAAACAACAUUGCUGACAUUGGUGGAGCAAUUUUAACCGUCACAAGUAGUGUGUCCAUUAAAAACUGUGAACUACUUAACAACGUUGCUGAUUACUAUGGUGGAGCAGUUUAUGCCAACACAAAUAGUGUGUCCAUUCACUACUGUGAGCUACAUAACAACAUUGCUGGUAUUGCUGGUGCAGCAAUUUACGCCUCCAAAAGUAGUGUGUCCAUUCACAACUCUAAGCUGGCGUACAAUAAUGCUAAAUUAUCAGGUGGAGUGAUGUUUGGUUUAUAUGGAGAGUUAUCGAUAUCCUAUAGUGAGCUAUCAAACAACAGUGCAGCCUUUGGUGGAGUGAUUGGAAAUGUCUGGGGUAAUGUAUCGAUUUUAAAUUGUACUAUAACGGACAAUAAAGCUGUAGUCGAGAGUGGAGGAACUAACACUGUUGGUGGAGCGGUUUUUAUAUAUAGUGGAAAUAUAUCUAUCUCCAAAAGCAUGCUUAAAAAUAACAGUGCCAAAGUUGGUGGAGUAAUUUUUAUUAUUAAUGGCACUGUGAUUAUUUCUGACUCUGUGUUUACAAGCAACAGUGCCACCCAACAAGGUGGAGUGAUGGUUGUUGCUAUCUCAACUUUGACAUUUAAUAAUACAAGCAUAACUGACAAUUUAAAGGGUGAAGAUGUCAUUUACGCAGUGGGUUCUAAUCUGUUGUUUACAGGAAUUAACAACGUUAGCAACAAUAAAAAUCCUGUUCAUGCUUUAAGCAGUCGAGUGGAGUUCAAUGGAGCCGCGACUCUCAGUAACAAUCAUGGUGUGCAGGGUGGAGCCAACAGAGCAGUCCAGAGUCAAAUCUAUAUCAAUGCAGAAGGAGUGAUCAUUACUAACAAUACAGCUACCUUUGGAGGAGGUGUGUUUCUGAGAGAGAGCACACUCUUUGUUUACUAUCCCAUAGAGAUUUCUUAUAACACAGCACAAAAUGGUGGUGGAAUUUAUGCGUACUCAAGUGAAAUCGAAUUUGAUCCAAAGGUUAUCACUGGUUGUGAAUUAAAUAAUCAGCUCACCCUGUGUACAUGUAUUUUCAUGGAAAUUGAACUAUCCGUGAGUACUAUAGAUCGAAAUGAAGCUCAACUCGGUGGAGGUAUUUAUGCACUCGCUUCAAACAUCAAAGUUUUUACUCACGCAUACGUCCACAUCAAGUUAAACUCAGCAAACAACAGUGGAGGUGGAAUGUAUCUACAACAAAGUUCCAAGAUAUAUGUUCUGAAACAAGAAGUGGAGUUAAAACUUGGUAAAAUACUGGUCAAGCUGGAAAUUUACGAUAACACAGCUCUGAUGUAUGGAGGGGGGAUAUUUGUAGCUGACAGUACCGAAAGUGGUGCAUGUAGAGGAGAUGAUAUAACUACUACAGGAGAGGUGACACAAAGUCAAUGCUUUAUUCAAACUCUUAGUCUAUAUGGGAUUGAUAUAGAUUUUCUACAGAUUUUGGCUGAUGUGACAUUGUUUAAUUUGUCGGGAUGCUUGAAGAGCAGAAAAAACUAUUGCAACACAUUUUUGGCUAACAACACAGCUUCCAAGUCAGGAGCAGAUAUUUACGGAGGUCUGUUAGACAGGUGUACGAUGGAUGUAUCAGCCGAACUCUCUUUAUCAGACAAUGGAUUUGAGUACUUGAACAAUACUGUGCUUUUUUCAUCAAUAGCUUCGGAGGCUGUUAGAGUACAAGUUUGUAACACCACCACGCAGUUCAUUUCUGUUAGAAAGGGACAAAAGUCCACAAUAAGUGUUAUGGCCGUAGACCAAGUUGGAAAUCCAGUGAAUGCUACAAUUCGAAGCUCUGUCAUCACUGAGAGUGGAGUUGGUCGUCUCAAAGAAGGACAGGCUGAACAAAAAGUUGGCAAUCAGUGCACAAAAAUAGAAUACAAUGUAUUCUCACAAGACAGCUCUGCUCAAGUGGAACUCUAUGCCGAGGGUCCAUGCAUCAAUUUGGGAAUUUCAAAACAAAUUUAUAGUGUCUCUUUUCUCUCCUGCACAUGCCCCAUCGGACUCAAGCCAAUUCCGUUCUCAAUUGAGUGCAAAUGUGACUGUGAUCCAUUCUUGCAACAAGAAUACAAGAUAAAAAACUGUUCUGAGGAAAAUGGAACUAUAGCAUUGGAAAGUAAUAGCAAUAUAUGGAUAGGAGUCACUAAUACCACCAACCGAACAGGAUAUGUUGUUAGUAAGUGUACAUUUGACUAUUGUGUACAAAGACCAGUCAACAUAAGCCUAAGCAGCCCUGAUAGACAGUGUGCCUUCAAUCGAAGUGGGGUAUUAUGUGGAGAAUGUAAAUCAAAUUUCAGUCUUGUGUUGGGUACGUCAAGAUGCGAACAGUGCUCAAACAUUUACCUUCUUCUACUAAUUCCGUUCGCUCUGGCAGGCAUAUUACUAGUUGCAUUUAUUCUCCUUUUCAACUUUACCAUAGCCACAGGCACUAUCCAUGGGCUGAUCUGCUACACUAAUAUACUAGCUGCAAGUCAAUCGAUUUUCUUACCUUUUCAUAACGCUUUGACAGUUUUCAUAUCGUGGGUGAAUCUUGAUUUAGGUAUUGAAACAUGUUUUUACAAUGGAAUGAACUCUCAAGCAAAGGUGCUCCUUCAACUUGUCUUCCCAGUUUACCUGUUUCUUCUCAUGUUUGUAAUAAUAAUUUUGAGCAAGUACUUUAGCUCAUUUGCAAAGCUCCUCUCAAAUAGAAACCCAGUUGCUGCGUUAGGCACACUCAUCCUACUCUCUUAUUCCAAACUUUUACGGUUUAUCAUUGCUGCUCUACAAUACAGGGUAUUGGAUUAUCCAAAUGGUUCAACCAAGAUCUUGGAUUUUCCUAGUAAUUCAAGUGAUAUUGUUUGGUUGUAUGACGGCAAUGUGCAAUACUUCACUUCAGAUCACAAUCUUCGAUUUAUUGUCGCUGCCAUAAUCCGGCUAUACCUUGGUAUAAAAAGUCACAAUUCAUGAAUAUAAUUAAGCCUCUAUAAUGUCAUCAAUAUUAUGGUUACAUUCCAUUCCACAUAAUUAAGUGUAACAUAUAAUUAUGUCACUACUGUAACCAAUGUAACAUCAAUCACCACUGUAACAACUGCAACAACUGUAACACCAGUCACCACUGUAACGCUAGUCACAACUCACCACUGUAACAACUGUAACAACUGUAACGCUAGUCACCACUGUAACAACUGUAACAACUGUAACACUUGUCACCACUGUAACGCUAGUCACCACUGUAACAACUGGUAACACUUAUCACCACUGUAACAACUGUAACAACUGUAACACUUGUCACCACAGUAACAACUGUAACACUAGUCACAACUGUAACGACUGUAACACUUGUCACCACUAUAACAACUGUAACAACUGUAACGCUAGUCACCACUGUAACAACUGUAACACUUGUCACCACUGUAACACUAGUCACAACUGUAACAACUGUAACACUUGACUACUGUAACAACUGUAACACUAGUCACAGCUGUAACAACUGUAACACAUGUCACAACUGUAACACUUGACUACUGUAACAACUGUACACUUGUCACAACUGUAACAACUGUAACGCUAGUCACCAC